AGAUUACUGGAUUAUGGCAACUCCGAACAAUUCGCGUGCGAUUUGCGUCCUAUCGCUGUAGCAUUUAUUUUGCUGAUAAUUUUAUGGAAUACAAAAGUAAUUUUAAGCAGGAAUUAAAUUUACUUCUAAUAUGAUGUGCAGUGACUCGUUAAGAUAGCAAACAGUGUACUGUUGUCACGGAAUCAGUCAAAAUGACCCCUGAGUUCACGGCUGCUAUUGCUAGUACAUUGUGAUAUUACCCAAUAUGGGAAAGAAAUUACAAAUAAUUUAGCAAUUAGACGUGUUUAUAUAAUUUAUUUAGUUAAAGUACAACGCUGGUGAACCGUUGACUGUUUGUUGUAGAUCAGUUUAAUGAAUUAUGGUUACAAAUGGUCAUUUUAAAGUCAUUGAACCUAUGCGCGGCGUGGUGACACUGUGCAGUGACUUGUGAAUCGGAAAUAUGUAAAUAAACAUGAACGAUAUAAGCUUGAAAAUAGUGGAAUCUCCGAAGAGCCACGGUGGUGUUGAUGUGUCUCCGACAGGGGAUACAAGUGCUGAGAAUGAGGUUGAUCCGUUGGCAAUAGACGAAGGUGAACUCGAGAGAGUCAAGGAGCCGGUAUCGCAGGAAGCGGUGCUCGAGAAAGUUGACGAGGAAAAGGCGGGAAACUGUGAUGAUAAUGCCAAAGAAGAAAAUAUAAGUGAGAGCCAGACUGGAAGUAGUGAUAGUAUUGUAAAUGCCCAGCCUGAGAAACCUGAGAAUGCUAAUGAGAAUUUGAAGCAAGAGAGGAGUAGUAGUAGCCCCCCUGUGCUUGCAAAGACUCCGACUCCUGAUCCGCCUAAACCACAGAAUGAACCAGCUCCCACCAUUGAACCAAUUCCAAGUACCAGUAAGGCUCCAGAUGUAAUUGAGAAACCGGUUGCUUUAGACAAAGCGGUUGUAGAACCAGUGGUCCCAGUAAAAGAACCUGUUUCUGAGAAAGAGGAGCUUAUGGUGGUUGAGGAACCAAAGAAAUUGGAACCAGAGGUUGAUGCGGAGAUGACUGAAGUGGUUACAGUUGAAGAGAAGACAGAACAAAAAGUGGAGAAAUCUAAACCAAAGUCGGUGAAUGGGGAUGUUGUAGCUAAGGAGGACCAAGGUACAAAGAGACGGCCAAGCGAAGACGUGGACACGGAAUCACCUCUGAAGAAGCUGUGUCAAGAGGUAGAGAAGACGUUUCCCCAACACGACACGAUGAUCAACGACUACAUACAGAGAGCCACGAAGAACAACGUAGACGAACUACAGAGGCAUACAGAACAGUUGCUAUCCGAGAUACAAACGCUCAGAGAACUUGCGCAGAAAAAGGAACACGAGUGGAACAACAUUCUUCAUCUCAAAAAAGUCAAAGAAGAAAUCCUACUCCGACUCCUAAGGCGAAAACAGGUUUUAAAUUACGAAAAAUCUCAAGAAGUUAACGGCGGUGAUAGGGAUCGGGAUCCAUUCGAAUAUCUUAAUAAUCAAGCAAAGAAUUUAGCUAUAGAUAAAAGUGAUGAGAUUUCUGGGUUGUCGCUGAAGCAGCCGGGGACGUCCAUGGCUCCGAUGUUGCCGACCCCUAUCAUGGCGAGCACUUCCCACUUCAAUCCCAUGGCGGGGUUACCGCCGCCUUACGACAAGGCGCACAUGUCUAUGCCGAAACCAGUAUUCCCUCAACAGAUGAUGAUGCCCGGUCACAUAACUGGGUUCCCAAGAGACAUGAAUGGUCAGUUACCUGCUAGUUUUGGCCUUCCUAUGGGUCGGCAAGGGCCUACAAAAGACGUUAAAUCCAUUAUAGCAGACUAUAGGCAAAGGAAUCCAGAAGUUACACCAAGAAGAGGUCGGAGGAUGAAGUCUAUAUUAAAUCCUAAUAUGAUGAAUGCUCCUAGACCGAUAGCGCCGAAAGUAGAUAAUUUGAACAACUUGAACAAUAUCAAUAUGCUGUUCAACAAUCUGGACAUGAACCAAAAAGCCAUGCUAGAACGUCUACAACAGUUCCAAGCUAGUAGCCUACCAAACGGGCUCUCGUUCAAAGACGUGCUCGUCCAGUUCGCCAAUAUGCAGCAGGCCAGUGCAGGCCUCAUCCCCAACCGACCACCGGAGACCAUCACCACUAGGCCUGAACACCAUAUAAGGCCCGAGGGAAGAAGGAGACAGGAGAGAACUCACGAAGAUGUUCACGUAUCUGUCAAGCAACAAGAGAGACUCGCCUCUCCGAGCCCCAGGCUGCCCCCACCCCCACCAUAUCCCGAAAUUUCCCUACUACCCGUCACCACCAGCCAGGCUGAAACAACACAACAAAACUCCCUACUCCACGGCAUCCUCACGAAGAACUGUGGAGAGAUCACGAUAACUCCGGUGCAGCCCGCUCCGACGGCUGAACCGCAGCCUGAGAAGCCAGAGGAAGUCGUCCAGCUCGACGAUGAAGAAAGCCCGGCGUCAGAAGGCGAGGCAUCGGGCUCUCCAUCCGGUUCGGGUUCAGGACGCCUUGUAAUAGACGAGGGCGGUGGCGAAGCCCCGACCGAGAGUGCGGCAGACCAAGCGGACACGAACGAAGACACACCCCUGUGUCAGGGCUGUCGACGGAGAGACGCGCAAUUUGUUUGUGCUGGCUGUGCUAACCAGUGGUACUGUAGUAGGGAUUGCCAGGUCGCAGCAUGGGACGAGCACUCAGACAUGUGCUCCGGAUAGCCGCCUAAAGUAUGACGGAAGCCGCGUUAGUAAGUAUAUUGUAGUUGUAUACAGAGUGACAGUCUACGCACCGAGUAUAUACAUAUAUACAUGAUACAUGUAUUGUACAGUAACGGCGCUUGCGAGUCUCAAAUUUAAAUAGACAUUUGCCUUAAUUCGAAUAGUGCAUAUAUUAUGUGAAUCUCUAUUUAUCGUGUGGAGAUAUGGUUCUGGUGCGAUCAUGUCCUUCUAAUAUUCUUUGAAGUAAAGGUUUUGUUCCAAAAUGUUGUUAUUGAAAAUUAAUCGCUGCAUACACGUUAUUAGAAACAUAUUUCUUUAUUGGAAGAUAAAAAAGUUAAAAAUAAGAUAUUAUUUUGACGUUACUUUGUUACAUUUGUAGAAGUGACGUCACUAGAGUUUUGAAAUCAAUGUUUAUAAAGGGAUACUUUAAUCUUGAAACAACCUACCAAAUGAUUUUUUUACACAAACAUACUUUGCACUUGAUUAUAUAUGGAUGAGGAAUCGGUCGCACCAAAACCGUAGAAAGUUCCCUAAAAUUAUAUUAAGUUCGAUGCUCACGUCUUGAUAGGACGGUAAAGCAUCGCAUGUAAAAAUAUACAAUCCUUUAUUCACUUAAUAUUGUAAUGCAGUUGUUGAGUAAUGGUUUAUUACGAAGCGAAAUAGCGACAAUUUUGUCUCAGCGAAGGCAAAAAUUCUUUCGAUUUUCAACCUUAUGUCGUCAUAGUAAUGUCAUUAUCAUUCUCAAGCCUCCUUUGGAGCAAGCAUUAUUGAUUUCGAUUAUUAUUAUUCAUAAAGUAUUGUGUUAUACAAUUCCCAAGAAUUUGGUAAAAGAAAUAUAGUCGUCUGUGAAACAAAGGUGGCACCAAGAUACCAUUGAACAACAUAAUGGUCCUAUCUUUUAUACCAUGUGUCAAGGCAACGGUGAAGAGUUUAGGUGCAAUGGUAUCUUCCUAUUCUACUUUUAUUGCUGAAAUUAAUAACUGGUCUUAACCUUAAGCACUAGCUGUCAACCGCGCGGCUAGUCGCUCCCUGCGGUUGACCGCUUUUCCAAUUUAAUAUGCGUCUGUUGAUACGAACCGCCUAGGGGGUCAACCGCUAGUGCAUAAGAGGCUUUAGUCUCUGGAUCAAUAUUUGUUUUAGACAGAAAUUGUCAAAAAUCGACCUUAUUCCACGGAUUUUGGUUUGAAAUCAGUUUUUAAUUUAAUUUCAGCCGUAAGUGAUAGUCAGAUUAGUGAUCGUGCACUGUGACCUGCAUCGUAGCCACAUUUCACUACAUAGUAUAAAACAAAGUCGCUAUCCGCCGUCUGUCCCUUUGUAUGCUUAGAUCUUUAAAACUACGUA